AUGUUAACAAUAAAAGGUCGAUAUAGUAGUUUACGACAAUUUAGUUUUGAUCUUGGAUAUUCACCAAGAGAAAAAACUGAUGAACAAUCGACACAUACAUUAGCCAUAGAAUCAAAAUCAUUAAUUAAACAUGAGAAACCUCAUGAAUUCAAUGAUAAAGAAUUACUAGAAAGAAUUAAUGAACUUGAAGAAGAAAAUGAAAAUCUUCGUCUUGAAAAUUUACUUUUUUCACGUUAUCUAUUACGUAUAACAACAUCAAAAAGAAUUGAAACAUUUCGUGAAUAUGAAGAUGAAACUGAUAUUAUUCAUGAAACACUUGAUCAAACAAAAGUAAUUGAUAGUGCUCGACAAAUUUUAUUAAAAAAAAGUCCUAGUUAUACUAGAGAUGGUACACCAUUAUGGACUAAACGAUCAAUAAAUUUACUUGCACCUACCGAUAUACAAUAUAUUUCACCUAUCGAUCAAGAACGUUUCUUUAUUGCUGCAUAUGAAGUUGAACAAACACGUUUAGAUUGGCAACGUAUGAAAGCACAUGAACUUGCGGUAAUUGAUAAUUUAAAGGUUUUAUAUCAAAAUAUAAAAUCUGAUGAAGACGCUCAAAACUCAUUGAAUCUUGGUCUACAACGACGUAUAGAUAGAUAUCGUACUUUAAUUGGUGAAGAAAAAUUUAACAGUCCAUAUUUAUCAGUUCCAGGUGAACUUUUUGUUAGUCGUGUUCAUAAACGUAUCGAUGCUCGUAUAAGUUCAAUUGGUGUUUUUCUUGUUAAUACAGAACUUUUACGUUCACGUAUAGAACAUACUGAUUUAAGAAUACGUCAAGUAGACGAUAUAGUUGCUACAAUAAGUGAAGUUGAUCUUGAAUCGGUAAUUCAAAUGAAAAAAAAUCGUACGAAAGAACUUAAAGAAAUUAAAAAAAAAUAUAUAUUGGAAAAAUCAUCUUAUUAUCCACUAUUAAAUCAUAGUAAAGAAUUAAAAAAAAAUUUAAAUGAACAAGAAAUAAAAAUUAAUGAUAUAGAAAAACAAUUUGAAAUUUUACAAAAUAAUUUCGAACAAACAAUUAUUGAUAUUAAUUAUAUUAAACAAGAAAAUAAUAAAAUUCUAAAACAAAAUAAUAUUUUAAAAGAUCGUAUAGAUAAUACUGUAAAAGUACCAACAAUUAGUAAUUAUGCUCAUAUUAUUGAACAAAGAAAAAUUUUACAACAUGAUAUUGAUAUAUGGACACAAAGAGUUAAUAUUGCUGAAACAUUAUUAUCACAAUUAAAACGACAAAAUAAACCAUCGAAAAUUUUACCACCAUUACAACCAUCUACAUCUAUCAAUUAA